ACGAGAAGCGAAGAAUCUGGGGAACUAAAAUCCUGUAAGUGAUGGUGAGUAGAAUGUACCAGACAUCUCCUUUUACCUCAGAGUCCCUUGUGCCUCGGUCUGUUCAACACAACUGUACCCACUGUACAGUCGAGGUGACACAAGAAGAAGGAGGAGGAGAAGCUGAAAAUGAGCGUGGGCACUCUGAGUGAAGAAGUCCUGAACAGGCUGUCAAAGAUGUUGGACAACGGCACCUGCGGAUGGAGGCAGCUGGCCAAGGCCGUGUCCGAGCAGCCGAAAUUCCACUGCAGUGAGAGCGAGCUGACCAGCUGCUCACUGCAGGUGCUGAGUGCUGCAGGCAGCCCUGGUCGCACCCUCCUGGCCCGGCUGGCCGAUCGAUCCUGCUCCCUGGACUUCCUGCUCCACUGCCUGAAGAAGGUGGAACAUCAGGAGGCCGUGCAGUACCUCACCGUGGUCGAGGCAGAGAGGAUUCAGAUCACAGUGCAGCCACAGUCGCAGCAGGCCACAGUGGGGGGCAGGGUGGUGUUGACCUGCAGAGCCACCGGUCCCUCUGGGCUCACCUACCAAUGGUUCAGAGGCAAAGAGGAGAUUUUGGAUGAGAAAGGGUGUGCACCAGAGUUGGUUCUUUGCCCUCUUGCCCUGGUCCACCAGGGUCACUAUAUUUGUCGGGUCAACCACGGGGAAAACUGUCUCUUCUCUGAGUGGGCUCAUGUUCGCUUGGUUCACUCUGCAGGCGCAAGUCCAGGCUGCAGCAGCAGUCUGUUCCCAGGGUCAGUGAGUGGGCUGCAUAUCACCCACCAGCCUCAGUCCCAAGCAGCGUCUGAGGGCGACUCUCUGUUCCUGGAGUGCAAAGCCGAGGCCAACCCUCCCGCCCAGUACGAGUGGUACCACAACAUGGCGCCCAUGCCACAACACAAGACUAGGUCACUCAAAAUCCCGUGUGUGACCACAGCACACAGAGGAAAGUACAGAUGUAAAGUGUUCAAUUUGUAUCAUGAGAUGUGGAGUGACACAGCAACAGUCACCAUUGGCCCCAGUUCCAUCACUGAUGCAUCCUGGGUAGCAGUUGAUCGUGGUUUAGGUGCACAGGAAAUCCACAGGUCAACUUGUGGACCAGGAAUAAAUCCGCUACAACAGAUAGCGUAUAAGCCCCCGUCAGCCAAGAAUUUCCAUGCAACAGACAAAGUUGCCCUGCUGAUUGGCAACAUGAACUACGUCUACCACACCCAGCUAUGUGCUCCCAUUGCUGACGUCCACGAGUUGACCAACCUCCUCAGACAAAUGGACUUCAAGGUGGUUUCACUGCUGGACCUCAACUAUCAGGAGAUGCACAGCGCCGUUACAGAGUUCCUCCUGCUGCUUGACAAAGGAGUCUAUGGCUUGCUGUACUUUGCUGGUCAUGGUUAUGAGAAUUACGGAAACAGUUUCAUGGUUCCCAUCGAUGCCCCGGCCUCCUACACAUCAGAGCACUGUUUGUGUGUGCAGAAUAUACUCACCAGGAUGCAGGAGAAAAAGACUGGACUCAACGUAUUCCUGCUGGACAUGUGUCGCAAAAGAAACCCAAAUGAUGAUGUCAUUGUACAACCAGGACUGCUGAAGGUCACAGCAAAUAUAGUUUUUGGUUAUGCAACAUGUGUAGAUGCAGAGGCAUAUGAAGUACAGAGGGAAGACGUGUCCAACGGCAUCUUCAUAAACUUCCUCAAACGGCGAGUUUGUGAAGAUGAGAAAGUCACAGUCAUGCUAGACAAAGUGGCAGAAGACAUGGGUCGUUGUGUGAUCACACGGGGGAGGCAGGCUCUGGAGCUACGCAGUAAUCUGUCUGAACGACGUUCCCUCACCGACCAGAUACAGACCUCCGAGUGCUCUGCAUCCUUUUCAGCUCGCAACCUCCAGUGGUCCGUCGCUCAUGUCCUACCUACGAGCCGUUACCUGCAGUUUGACUGUGGGGUGACUGUUCAGCUUGGGUUUGCUGCAGAGUUCUCCAACAUCAUGGUCAUCUACACUCGGAUGCUUGAGAAGCCAAAAGAAAUAGUUUCCUGCUCUGCUCAGCUUACAGACUUCCCCAUGGAUGUAGACGUGGAUCUGAAGAAGAGUAACCAGGAAACUCUGCUUGAAGCUGGAAGUUUAUUAUUGAUCAAGGAAGAUCUUCCUUCACCAGAGGAUCCCAGUCUUUACACCCGCAUCCGCAGCCUGCAGAGACUCAGGAGGGAGCUCACAUUCACCGUCUGUCUUCAUUACACCUAUUCUAACAUGGAUGAAGAAGUACAGGAAAGGCAACCAGUAACCGUUGGCAAACCACUGGUCUCCAAACUCAACCUCCACGAACCGCGACCACCUCGUGCCUGCUCUGCCUCCUCAUUCAGCCUUGACUCCUCUGUUGGGUCAGCCUCAAGUACACGACCAUAUUACACACAAACUGCCGGAGAAUCUUCCUCGACUGACUCUCUGACUUCAUCCAGGAAUGCCAAUAUCCCAGAGGAGACUGACAGUCCUGAACUAUGUGAUACUCCUAAAUAACCCUCUUGUUGCCAGCAAAGGCUUUCCUCGCGGCCAAGCAAAUAACAAACUGCAACUUAAGUGACAAUUUUCACUCUUGAUAAAUCAAGAGUACACAUAAACAACAAAAGUCAAGACAAAGAUACAGUGAAGCUGACAAAGGAGUCAGGUCAUUGUAUAUGGUACAUUUAACUUUAACUAGGCGUUCUUUUUCUACACAAACAUUUUACAAGACAUUGAUAACAUUACACUGAAGAUCAAAUGCAAUGUGUGCUGUUUGUGAAAGUGAAGAAAUAAAACAGUCUGUUUAUUGUUC